AUGGCCACAAUGUCCCUUCCACAGACCUACAAAGCCUUCAGACGCAGCUCUGGUGACCUACCCACAACACUUGAAUUAGUGGAAGAGAAAAUGCCAUCGUCCCUUAAUCCCCAAGAAGUAUUGAUUCGCAUCCAUGCCGUGUCCCUUAACUAUAGAGAUGUGGCAAUGAUGAAUGGGUUAUAUCCCGUCGAGGUGAUUGAUGAAGGUAUCCCAGCGUCCGAUUGCGCCGCAGAGGUAGUUGCGGUUGGGUCUGAAGUACAGUCUUUCAAGAUUGGGGAUCAUGUUACCACCAUUUUUGAUUUGAGCAACCUCAAUAACACUGAGGAUAUCCUCAGUGUUCUCGGUGGAGAUGUUGAUGGGGUGUUACGCGAAUUUGCUGUUUUUGACCAGAACGUUCUGCUGCAUUUGCCCCAGCAUCUUUCAUGGGAAGAGAAACUAGAGCUUGUCCGGAGUGUAUGCAAGCCGGGAGCUAUCGACACAAUCAACUACCGAGACCACCCUCAGUGGGAUGAGGAGGCACGUCGUCUCACCAAUGGACGAGGUGUAGAUGUUGUCGUGGAGAAUGUGGGAGUAACUACAGUGUCUCAGAGUCUUUCUUCUCUGGCGCGUAGAGGGACCGUUUCCUUGGUAGGCUUCUUGGGAGGAUUUGAUGUGGAUCGCUUUCCUGACACGAUCCUCCCGACACUGUUGAAGAGUGCUACUAUCAGGGGAAUUGCGGUUGGUUCCAAGAUCGAUCAAGAGAACUUGUGUAACUUUAUCGCAGAGAAGAAGAUUGGAUUGAAGCCUAUUCUGGAUAGCAAGGUUUUCUCUUUCGAGGACUCUCAGGCUGCUUUUGAUCGUCUUUAUGCUGGCGAGCAUAUGGGUAAGGUUAUAAUAAAGAUCUAA